CGUCACUUCAUUGUCCUGCUGCGUCAGCGAGACUAUCGUGGUUCUAUGAACUGGAUGCUUUUCAACUGGUAUUCACCAAAAUCUUUGAAAUUAAACUGUCAAAGUGAUCAUCUGUACCAGCAAAGCACGAGGUUGGCAACCAUGGCUUUUUCCGCAAGGGAUGGGUUAGUGCAAAAGCUGAAGUCAAAACGCCUCAGUUACCAAGGGAGACAACUGAUGGCAUCCAUGGAGAAAGAACUCUGGGAGAUGGACAUUGAGAUUAUCAGGCUGAGCAAACAUGUGCUUGGUGAGACCAACAUGCCCAACAUGCCUCACCCUGAUUGUCCACAAACUCCUAAACAAGAAAAGUCCACUGACACUCCAAGCACAAGUGCGGACAUCGCUUGUAGGGACCAUGUCAAAGUACAGAUUGAACCAGCAGAGACUUUGGCUGGACCACGGAAAACAGAUAGUUCUAUCGCAGUGGACUCCAAGAAGUUACCAAAGAAUAAUAUCCUCCAGAAACCACACACUGACAUUUGCACACAGCUCGAGGAGAGAGACAGAUUUGGCGUUGAGUUAUCCCAAUGUGAGAAGAUUUUGGUUGAAAUACGUAAAAACCGAAUUUCCUUCAACAAACAGAUGAAGCUGUUGUUGAACGAUAUUGCAGCCCUACAUAAGGUCACCCAAGGUGCCAGGUUAAAUAGCCUCAAAACUAAAGUGACCACAUACAGAAAUCAGUCGAAACGCUUAAGCUAUGAAGGGAGACAACUGCUAGAGUCCAUGCAGAAUGAUCUUUGGGACAUGGAUCUCCAAAUUAUUCGAGAAAGUGGCCAUUGCAACAACGAUGUCAGAAGAGAGGUUCUGCCUGUACAGAGCUGCUUGCCACAUCCUGAUGGCCCACCCAUGACCUCUAACACAUCUGUUGCAUACAAAAACUGGAAUUCCAAAGUUUCUGAUGCUGCCAAUGAUGAAGGUGUCAAUAUGACGAUGACAUCUUCAACAAUAUCUGCUUCAACAGCUGUCAGACUGUCAAGGAAGAGAAUUGCCACCAUUAAGAGACAGACCUUUUGCUCCAGGAAAGUGCUGAAGAGACCUGUGUCAGCUCCCUGCCUUUUCAAACUGGCAAAGAAAAGAAAGGGUAUGAUGGCUGUUUCCAAUACAAGCAUUGUUUCUACCUCCACAGACAAGCCUGACACAGCUGGAAACCAGGUUCUGGUAAGGCCAACAAAGAAGGAGACAGUGGAAACUGAAACAAGCCAGAAGUCUUCUCAUGACACUGGGUCUGUCAUCCAUGUCCAUCUGAAACAGAAGAAGAAGGUCCAUUCUACUGCAAUCAGCGCAAGCAACAUUUCUCACAGCACCUUUAGGAAGUCUGAAAACACAAUGCCUGCAAUGCAUGUAAAGCUGUCAAAGAGAAAGAAAGUGCCUUCUGCUACCAAUUCAAGCUACAUUUCUUCUGAAGGCAUGUUGGAAAAUCUGGAAUCCACAAUGAAUUCAAACCAAGUCAGUUUGACACAGAAUGAGGCCAAUCCUACUGCAGCCAAUGCGAGCCACAUCUUUUCUCAGUGCACUUUUAGAAAGACAGAUCACACAAUGCCAGCAGCCCAGGUAAAGCUGAUGCAGGAAGAAUCUUUGACUGUCCCUACCAACGCUAGUCAGAAUUUCUGCUCAAGUGAUGAACUGGAGAAGAAGUCAUCUUAUUCAUCUGCCAGUCAGGUCAAACUGACAGGGAAGCUUUCAACUGACAGCAACUCCUAUGAGAUCAUGGGGAGAGCUAAACCAUCAACUCUGUUGACUCCGCAAUCCUCAAAGAUGUCUUCUGCCAAUUUCAGCAUCCCAGGAUUCCCUCCUACCUCUGGUGUGGGGAUAGCCACACUUUGACCCCUGUAACCAUGACUGAUGCAGCUGUGUGGAAUGGAACAGCCCUGAAAACUCAGGUGAGGCCCCGUACAGCCCCCACACAGAGAUCUGUCACAGCAGGAACAUUAACCAGAAGUCACAGAAACAUCGGCUUGAAGGAGGCACAGACCAUUCUUGAGAUCCUUAAG